AUUUUGUUACUUCUUAGUCUCUGUUUUUGUGACAAUCUAUUCCUCCUGACUUGUCGUCCUCUCGUCUUUGUGUCCCCAGCGGCUCUCCAGGCUUUGAAAAGAAAGAAGAGGUAUGAGAAGCAGCUCCUUCAAAUCGAUGGCACGCUGUCAACCAUUGAGUUUCAACGGGACGCUCUGGAGAACGCCAAUACCAACACUGAAGUGCUUAAGAACAUGGGCUUCGCUGCCAAGGCUAUCAAAUCUGCACAUGAAAACUUGGACAUUGAUAAAGUGGAUGAACUGAUGCAAGACAUUACAGAGCAGCAGGAAAUGGCCCAGGAAAUCUCCGACAUCAUCUCUAAACCUGUCGGCUUUGGGGAGGAGUUUGAUGAGGAUGAGCUGCUGGCAGAGCUGGAUGAGCUAGAACAGGAGCAGCUGGACAAAAACCUGCUGGAGAUUGGAGGACCAGAGAACGUACCCCUCCCCAAUGUGCCUUCUACUUCAUUACCUUCCAGACCUGCCAAGAAAGAAGAGGACAAGGACGACAUGGAGGACCUGCAGCGUUGGGCAAUGGAAGCCAUGUAAAGGCAGCCUCCGCCAUGUCAUACCUGCAUCACAGAGGGAAGAUGGAGGAACAACAGAAUAAAUGAAGGACUGAUAUGAUGUUGUGCGAGUGUUUAAGUGUGACUGAGAAGAGCUGACUGUCCAAUUAAUAUAACACUAGAAAACAGCAAGAAAAUGCUAUAAAAUCACUUUUUUUCUGCCCCCUUCACUUCCUAAAUCAGGGAAUCCCUCAUUGCUCAAUGAAAAUGAGCCAGUCAGAGGCUUUAAAAAUAAAGCUCUGACACUGUACCUUGGCAAAGAUAACUAACUGUUUUAACCUUAGACACAAAACUAGCAUUUCAUGGUCCUUGUUUUGGUCAGGGCUGUUUCAGCACAUACCAAGCUCAUGUUGAAGUGUGCUAUUAUGAACUCUGUGGUGAAGUCAUGGACUUGUCAGUUUGUUUGAUUACAGUGUGGCGUUGUAAACAUCACUGGAUGACACGGGACAUUUUGUUGAAGUUUAAUCCUAAAAUAUGUGUUCCUAAUUGAUUUUACCUGUGUUUGUGAUGUCAUAUUUGCUGGAUGUUUUUCUUUUAUUCUUUUUAGACAAAAAUAACUUUGUUUUUUUUUUGUUAUUAACUGCUCUGAAAAUAGGAGAGCAUGAAAACAGCUAAGCAUGUGCUUGGUGAAGAGGCUUGAAGCUGUGUGAAUCUGAACCUCUUUAGUUUCUGACUGUGUGCUUUGUCUCCACAACUUUGUUAGCAUUUCAGUAACUCCCUCUUCCUCAAAGGCAUUGCCACCAGUGGUUCUUGUUAUUUGGUGUAAAUAUCUGAAAUGUUUCUCUUUUUAUAUACACUAUAUUUCUGCAGUCUUUCUUUUGAGUUUGUGUAAGCAUGCAACAAUGGAAAGUCACAAUAUGCAUCACAACAACACACAGCUACAAGAAGAAAUUUGACAAAAAAUGUCAUCCUGCUCCUUCUGUCUGUCUUUUUAAUGGUCCUUCUGUUUCAAAUUGUAUGAUGUAAAAUAGUAACAAUGAUAAUAAUAAUAACAAUAAUAAUAAUAAUUAUGAUAAUAAUAAUAAUGAUAAGCUACUGUCACACUUUAUUAACUGCAUCCAGAUGUAGGUUGAGUGGUAGGUGGAAACAUCAGCGUGUUUUUAAGUUUCAAGAGUUACAUUCUUAGUUUUUCAUUAUGUAAGUUUUUUACAUUAAAAAAAAAUGAAAAACAGCACAUGAAAAGGAUGGACACGCAUGUUAGGAUUUCAGUGUUUAUUUAUCCAGAUGAGAUAAUAUAAUUUGCAAAAUCAUUAAAGGUUUUUGAUUUGUAAAUUAA